GUUUAAAAAUAAGAAACAGAAUCUCAUCAAUUCCCACAACCAUUUCUCCCUCCACAUACAACUCUCUCUCUCUCUCUCUCUCUCUCUCUCCUCUCUAUUUUCUGUCUGUCUCCCUGAUAGAGAGAGAGGGGAGAGAAAUCUCUCUAUCUCAUAAGCCUCCAAGUACAAAUUGAGAAAAUUCUCUGAAAACGGCAAAAAAACCCAGGAAUUAAAAGGUACACUAGAGAGAAGAGAACAAGGGAAAUAACAACAGCAGAGCAUUAAAGAAAACAGAGGUGUUGGGCUUGGGAGGGGCAGACGGAUGACGCCCAACAACGGCGCUGCGGCUACAAGCGACGAUGCGUCGACGGGCGGUGGGGCCGGUGGGGGCCUGAAGAAAGGGCCUUGGACGGCUGCUGAGGAUGCGAUUCUGAUUGAAUACGUGAAGAAGCAUGGAGAGGGCAACUGGAAUGCCGUUCAGAAAAACUCUGGCCUCUCUCGAUGCGGUAAGAGCUGUCGUCUUCGUUGGGCCAAUCAUCUCCGACCUAAUCUCAAGAAGGGCUCCUUCUCCCCCGAGGAAGAGCGUCUCAUUCUCGAGCUUCAUUCCAAGCUCGGCAACAAAUGGGCUCGCAUGGCUGCUCAGCUUCCCGGGCGAACAGACAACGAAAUCAAGAAUUACUGGAACACCAGAGUCAAGCGUCGCCAACGCGCCGGGUUACCGCUCUACCCCCAAGACAUACAGAAGCAAGCGACUGCAUACCACCACCUCAACCACCAGCACCAGCCCCAGCCCCGUUCUUCUCCAUCUCCUUCACCGCAGGCGCAGCAGCCGAAGCCGAAUUAUGGGUCUCCUCUUUCCCUCUUUGACUCUGUGAGUUUUCCUAUGACGACCCCUAUCCUUGGUCAACACAGUGCCUCUUUUCUCCCUGAUCCAUUGCACCGAUUCAAGCGGCUCCGCGACAACAACGGUGUCGGGGUCUCUAUACCCUUCCCUUCUCCUCCUCCACAACCUCCAUCUUCUCUGUUUAGUCAGUCUCUCUCGACUCAGUUGCAGCCAAUACCUUCUAUUCAAUUUAAUUCCAGCAACUUCGAGCUCAAUCCACCGCCAAUUCUGCAAGCCCCUUUUGACCCCGAUGGCAUAGUUCCUCCUGGUUCUGCCUUCUCCAUGAAGAUGGAGCUCCCUUCAAGCCAACUGCCCCAGCCUGCAGCCUCAGCUGCCGCUUCGGGCGCCACAAAUGGUUACAAGGUCGGCGCCCUCGUCGGGAGCAAUAGCGGUUUAUUGGAUGCCCUGCUGCAGGAGGCCCAAGCUACGGCAGGCGUCGAAGAUUCGAGUAGGGAGGGGUUGUCAGAAGACAAAUGUGGAUUAAAUGGAUUGGUUGGUGAUGCUCUGCCUUCUGGUUCACUUUUCAGCGAGGGCGCAACCACUCCUCCAUUAGUAUCUGUCAGCCCGUGGGAAGAAUCGAGUACUGGCCAUUCAUCUAUUGGGGUGAAGGCAAAGAGAGAACGAAUAGAUGAGAUCAAUUCAGUGGUGGACGACGACUUGUCCGGCCUGCUCGAUAUUAUCCCAUCCACCAUGUCAGUCCCAGAGUGGUACAGCGAUAGCGGUGAGAUCUCAAACGGGCAAUCAUCGGGUGUGACAGACGACGAAAUUGGACUGGAAAUGCAGCACCUAGCUUCAUCCCUCUCGGCUGCCACCACCACUGACCAUGAAUGGACCCACGGCUCCUGCUCUUGGAAUAACAUGGCUGGGAUUUGCUAAGAGAUAUGUCGAGAUGUUUCAGGUAUUAUUUAAACUGGUUAGAGGUUGAUGGGUAUUUGAUUCGUUUGUUUUUCUCUCUCCUACCCCUCACUCUUAUAUUGUUGGUCUGUAAUGGGGUUUAUUUGUAUUUUUCUUUGUCUUUGAGGUUUAAUACUUUAAUUGACAGUGAUUUGUGAUUUGUUAAACAUAUAUACAGGAUUAAUAUUAUUAAUGUUCUAUUGUUGU